AGGAGAAUAAAAAGGGCCGCUGCGCAGUCACAAUACUAGACAACACAUCAGACACUUUAUUGAAGACCAGACGGGAGACAAAAACAAACCUGUAUCUUACAACAUUUAACGUUCUUCAACAUAAAGUCAGAACUAUCAUUUUCUUUCGGCGUUGUUGAUUUUGAAACGGUCGAGAAUGCCUUUUCUAGGACAGGAUUGGCGGUCCCCGGGUCAGAGCUGGGUUAAAACUGAAGAAGGAUGGAAAAACUAUUCUUUAGACGAAAAAAACAGCAAUGACUCAGACGUGAGCUAUUGUAAAACAGAGGACGAAUGCUUCCAGGAGAAUCUGCGGCUGUCUGUUACAUACGACAUGGCAGCUAAGAAGAGAAGGAAAGACUUCAUGAACAACAACGCAAAGAUUCCCUAUUUCCACAAAGAGAAAUGGAUUUACGUUCACAAAGGAAGCACUAAAGAGCGUCAUGGUUACUGCACUCUGGGAGAAGCGUUCAACCGGCUGGACUUCUGCAGCGCCAUCAAGGACAACCGGAGGUUCAACUAUGUCGUACGGCUGCUGGAGCUCAUUGCCAAGUCCCAGCUGCCCUCGCUCAGCGGAGUGGCUCAGAAAAAUUACAUGAACAUCCUGGAGAGAGUGGUGCAGAAAGUCCUCGGUGACCAGCAGAAUGUUCGGCCAAUCAAGGAGCUCCUUCAGACCCUGUACGUGUCUCUGUGUGGCCUGGUGCAGGAUAUGGGGAAGUCUGUUCUGGUGGGGAACAUCAACUGUUGGGUCCAUCGCAUGGAGAACAUUCUACAGUGGCAACAACAGCUGGACAAUAUUCAGAUCAACAGGCCUGUGUCUAAGGGUAUGACCCUGACAGACCUGCCUGCCAGCCUGCAGCUGAACAUCAUGGAGCGUCUGUCAGAUGGCAGGGACCUGGUCAGUUUGGGACAGGUGACUCCAGACCUGGGACAACUCACUGAGGACAGGCUGCUGUGGAAGAGACUCUGCCAGCACCACUUCACUGACAGACAGAUCCGUAAGCGUCUGAUGGUGUCAGACAAGGGCCAGUUGGAGUGGAAGAAGAUGUACUUUAAGCUGUGUCGCUGCUACCCUGUCAGAGAGCAAUACAGUGAAACCCUGCAGUUCUGCACACACUGCCACAUCCUCUUCUGGAAGGAUACAAACCACCCUUGUACCGCCAACAACACAGAGAGCUGCUGUAAGCCUGUUUCUCCACAAGGCUUUAUCAACCUCUUCAAGUUCUGAGAGCCACACGGAGCCUGAGUGACUUUUGUACAUACGGUACAGAACUGCUUUAUAGAGAGAUCAAAUGGAUUCAAACAGGCCCUUAGUAUGUGUAUAGUGGUGAUGGUGCAUUUGAUUCCUGGUCACCGUGACACUGGGGGAGAGGAAGCCGUGGGGAAAUGAUGCAAUGGAAUUCUUGGCUUCUGGAGAGCUGAGGAUUCCGGGAGCUGGAGUUCUACAGCUGAGAACAAGUGAAUUUGACAAACUGAUCCAAAGAGAGGUGGAACAAGAAGAGGGGGAUGAGGUGGAACAGAGUACUCUGAAGUUUAUUAAAUAAGUUUGGUCCUUUUUUAACAUUUUUAAAUUCAAUUUAAGUGCACUUCUCUUCCUGAGUGCAGUUAUUGCAUGGCUACCAUAACAGCAUACUAAGUUGAAACAUUUUCCAGAAAGGAAAUCAUUUGCAAAAGUGAAUUUGUUUAGUUUUAAAUAGGGCUGUCAAACGAUUCAAAUAAUUAAUAGAGUUAAUAGCAUUAGUAAUCUUUCUUUUAUUUGAUUAAACUUGGCCCUAAAAAUAUCAUUUUUAAAAAGCAGUGCAUUGAGUUAUAGACAUACUAUGUUUGGAUUGUAAGGGAAAGAGACAAAAUCAUCUGUAUGAAUGUUUUUAAUGGCAUUUAAAACUAUAAACGUCACUGCGAACA